GUGAGAAUCGCAAACUCCACUUUCCCCUUCUCUCAUACCACUCUCUCACUUCAUAUCAUUAUUCUUUUCAUUCCCAUUUUCUCAACGCACACCACCAUCACCCUCACUUCUCUCUCUCCUCAAUCUCUCUCUCCUCACUCUCUCUCUCCUCUUUCUCUCUCUCACACUCACAAACAAAAGUAAAUAAAAUACAAAAGGUUAGUUACUCUUCUCUUCCUUCCAACACCAAGCCAUGGAGGGUCUUCCACAAGGUUACCGUCCCAACGUUGGUGUCUGUCUCAUCAACUCCGAUGACCAGAUUUUUGUGGCUUCUAGGUUGAAUGUCCCAGGAGCAUGGCAAAUGCCUCAGGGGGGAAUUGAAGAAGGUGAGGAGCCCAAAUCUGCUGCCAUUAGGGAACUUCGAGAAGAAACUGGCAUAGUAUCUGCUGAAAUCAUUGCUGAGUUUUACCAUUCUGUAAUACAACAAACAAAAGCAAUGUCUGUUCAGAAAUGGUUGACAUAUGACUUCCCUCCUGCUGUGAAGGCUAAAGUCAAUCGCCUUUGGGGAGGUGAAUGGCAUGGACAGGCACAAAAGUGGUUUCUUAUGAGAUUAACAAAAGAUGAUAGUGAGGUCAACUUGUCCAAUGGGGAAGCAGAACCUGAAUUUGCAGAGUGGAAAUGGGCAGACCCUGAAGAAGUUAUUGAGCAGGCAGUCGACUACAAGAGACCAACCUACGAAGAGGUUAUAAGAACCUUCAAGCCUUACUUGCAAGGGAGUGCAAUAUCUGGAAAAUGUAAAUCAACAAAGUGGUGAAUGUUAUGAGUGUGCAUUGUAGUUCAAUCCAUUUUCUUGUCUAAUUUCACUGAGUUUCGGUAGCACUCAGCUAUUUGUAAAGGGGGACGAUAGUUAGAACUUUCUAUUAGGUACUUACCUUCUUGUAAUAAUAAGCUAUGAGCAAAUGCUUCUAUUUUAAACCUUGCUGCAAGGAGGAUUGUGAAUGUGUAUAGAAGAAUUGUUCAAUAAAGUAGGAAGUAUCGUGCGGCAGAAUAGUAUCAUGAGUGGUUUUAUGAGACACUGCGAAA